CAAUGGAGACACAAUAAAAAUAAAAAAACAAUCCGGAAUGGUUGUAGUCGGAGUAUCCAUUAUCGUCCGAUAAAGUUCUGAAAAGUAUUGCGUUGCAUGCAAAGAGCCAAAUCUAUAAAGCAAAUAUUUUGACGCAUUGGAGUUUUGUUUUAACUUCUAGAGAUUCUAUGAUGGCAUUGCUUCGUCAUAUAUUACCAACAGGAAGUACAAUUCCGCAAGAUGAAGAUGAAAGUUCCUCCUUUACAAAUCUGCUGUCCCAUUUUCAAGGCAGUAAAAAUGAGCUGCAAAGUAUACUCCAAUCAGAGCAAACACAUUUAUUUGUUGACGAACAAAUAAGGAAGGUCGACUUAAACUUUUCUCAGUCGGAGCUAGACAGCUUAACGAAUGAAGUCCUAGACAGUGAAGAAUUUUUGCAAGAACUUGAACAAGUCGAUUUUUCUGAUAUUACAAAUCUUGGACAAAGUAAUGACAAUAUAGACGAGUUUAUUGAGACCCUAGGCCCUACAUGUGAAGAAUGUAUGACGUAUGAAAAAGUUCAUCGGAUUACACAGAUCAGUCCUGGAGAUCACAUUAGAUUCCAUAAAAGAUUCGUCGGUUGGAAUGUUUAUAACCACCAUGCCAUCGUUACUGACGUGGAGGCUGAACAGAAUCAAAGAGUCGGAAAAAUGACAUUGAUUCAUUUUCAGAAAGGUACGCAAAAAAUUACGGUAUUACGAGAGACAAAAGAAUAUGACAUGGAGAAGGAGGAGAUCGAAAUUGUACGGUACCAGUGGCGUCCAUUUACACCUGAACAGAUCGUGGACAGGGCAAAUAAAAUGGCUGACAAAUUUGAACAGGAUGUACAUGCUGAAUCUUACAAUUUAUUUGGAAAUAACUGCGAAGAAAAAUCAAAUGAAAUUGCGACUGGUUCAAAAUUUAGUAACCAAGUAUCGUCAUUUGCGAAUUAUGUGAAAUAUACCAUUUCAUGGUUGUUGAAACUAUUGCUUAAAGGUGCAAUAAAAUUUUGCGAAGGAAUAAAACCAUUCAUAAGAGGAUUUGCUCAUAUAGCUGUUAUAGCUAGCUUACUCUCCAUGGUCGACAGAAUGGCAACAUUAAAGGAUAAGUUAAAGAAAGGAUUGAUGUGUUUAAAAUGCUACGAAAAGGAACACAAAAAAAUGACGGUGUCACUCAUAUUUUGUUUAAUAAGUAUCGGAAUAUCAGUGAUGUUCCAUGUUUCCUGUUUCUAUUUCGCUGUAAGUGCGGCUAUUGCUGUUGCUUUACCUUGUGUUUCUUCAUUUGUUAUGGACACAAUAAUGCCCCUGAUACAACCAGCAUCAAAGAUUCCAAAGCCAGUGGUGAAACGAUGUAAUAUGAUUCGGAAUGGAGAUGUCAUUACCUUCCCUUAUGUUGGUCUGAAUCAUGAAGGUGUUGUAACAAGUGUUUCCCCUUACAACACCAACGAUUUACACGAAGUAAAAUUAACGCUUGUGCAUUUUAACUAUCCAGGUUUGUUUGGCACUCGAACUGUUGUCAAAGAAGUAUUCUUCUUUGAUUUGAAAAAAGAUUAUGUUUACGUGUACGAUUUCAGCCAGGAAAAACCUUUUCAGUCGCAAGAUGUAGUUAAGAGAGCAUUAGACAGGUGUGGGGAUCAGAACUUCUCUACUUUUUCGAACAGAUCUAGUCAUAUGUCAAGACACUGCAAGACUGGGAAAACUGAGCUAAAGACACUGCCAUUUAAGACAGCUACAGAGAUAACACAUUUUUCCCCUGGAGAUAUUAUUGAUUUCACGUACUAUAGCAUGUCUCACGAAGCCGUAGUUGUUAAGGUAGAAUAUCCCGAAACCAUCAAAUGUUCGGUUGUUCAUUACAAUUAUGCUGGGGUCAUUAGAACUAGGACCAUAGUAGAGGAAGAUUUCAUUUUCAAACUUGCAGAUCAAAACAUAUUCGUUCACGAUUACACCGGAUGUGAUAUUUACCCACCAGAAGAAGUAGUUAGAAGAGCAAAAUCACGACUCGAUGAACAAAACUUCAACACUUUCAAAAACAGGUCAAGUCAUUUUGCUAAAUGGUGUAAAAUUAACGAAUGAAUAGUUAUUUGCAAACAUUUACUUAAACAAGACUUGACAUUUUAAAUGUUUAAUAAUAAAAUCUGAUCAGUGAUAAUGUGCUUGCCAGCUUUCCAUCUGCAUAGUUUAAUAGUUGAUUUUCAUCUGUUAUUCUCUGUCUGUGGUUAUAUAAUUGCUGAAAUAGUGCCCGUAAUGUUGAAACAUAUGUGCGUGUAUAUAUUAUGUUUAUUAAAUGACAUAAGGGGGAGGGUUAAACGCUCACAAAUAUGUUUAACCCCGCCACAUUCUUUAUGUGCAUGUCCCAAGUCAGGAGCCUGUAGUUCAAUGGUUGUCGUUGGUUCAUGUCUGUCAUAUUUGUUUUUCGUAAAUUGUUUUGUUAUAGAUUAGGCCGAUAGUUUUCUCAAUUGAAUUGUUUCAUAUUUUUCAUGUCGGGACCUUUUACAGCCGACCAUACGGUAUGGAUUUUUCUCAUUGUUGAAGGCCGUACGGUUGCCUAUAAUUGCUUACAUCCACUUCAUUUGAACUUUGGUGAAUAGUUGUCUCAUUGGCAAUCAUACCACAUCUCCUUAUUUUCAUAUAAAAUCUUCUGUAAAAACCUCAUCAAUUCAUAUCAAUAUACAGACCCGAUUAAUUCCAAAUGUUGUUGGCUUCAAAAAUGAGUUUCGAUAAUGUGUGCUUUCAUUUUUGACAAUACACAAUGUUACUCUGGUUGGGACAAUAUAAUACAUUGGCGACAAUUGAAUGAAACAUGGUUCUUUAUCCUUUUGUGGAAGAUUUUUCAUUGGUUCCUUUUAAAAAAUGUCUUGUCUUUCAUAUCAUAAGAGCAUUGAUUGGUUUGACUGAUUUGCCAGGUCCAGAACAAUUUAGGCGACUGUUCAGUGAUGUCCAAAGCCAAAGACUUUAAAAAGCUGAUUAACAUAACAGAGAAGGACCAAAAGGUAUAGAUAAACCAGACAAGGCAUUUGAGAUAUGUAUUAGGGAGAUGCAUUCCUUACUUUAAAAUUAUUUUCUAAGAUAUCACAGCAAUGGACAUUGUGCAAAAAAGCCAAUGUUUUCUUAUAUUUUAAAAUUUUAAUCAAGAUUUCCAUUUAUGUCUGUUAUAAAGUUGAUUUCAAUAAAAUGUAAAAAUAAAAACAA